CGCCCGAGGCCUACCGCGUCCCAUCGAACAUCGAACUAAACCCUAACUGGGAACGGCACCGCCAAAGUCAGGUUCCAAGCCCAAACCCGUACCCCCAAAAUGGCGCCGCCGUCGCAGGCGGCCACCGGCAAGCGGGAGAAGCAGCACAAACCCGCCAAGAGCCUCGCCGUGAAAUCAACCAAUCCCGUCUCCAAGAAGACGCACAAGCAGAAGAAGCCGCGCCCACCUGCUGAGCAGGACCAAACCAACGAUGCCGCCGCCGCCGCAGGUGAACCCGCGGGCGGUGGCGUCCUCUUGUCGGCCGCGCUUCCGCCGGCGCGGCAGCUCGAGUUCCUCCUCCGCAGCUUCGAGCGCGCCGCCAAGAUGCGCCUCUCCCCACUCGAGCUCGGCGCCUACUCCGAGGGGUGCAUGGUGCAGCUCGCGGAGGGGGCGAGCCAGGACGUUGAGAGCUUCGGUGACCAUGUGAAGGGGGCCUUCGGAGCGACGUGGAAGGGGGAGCUCUGUGAGGGGAAGCUCGUUGAGGGGUCGAUCGAUGCGGGCAGCCCGGCGCUCCUGGUUAUCAGCUUGGGUGCACUGAGAUCACUGGAGCUUCUGAGGGGGUUAAAGAUGUUUACUAGAGGAUGCCGUUCAGUAAAGCUCUUUGCCAAACACAUGAAAGUGGAGGAGCAGGUCACGCUACUUAAAGAUCGAGUUAAUAUAGCCUGUGGUACACCCAGCAGAAUCAAGAAACUAAUUGACAUGGAAGCUUUAUCGCUGUCACGCUUGAAAUUAGUGGUACUCGACAUGCAGAGGGACCCGAAGUCGUUUAAUUUGUUUACGCUACCGCAAGUCAGCAACGAGUUUUGGGACCUGUACAAGGGAUAUCUAGAUGAGAAGGUUAGAGGAGGCGACACAAGAAUAUGCUUUUAUGGUGCUGUUUCUGAGAAAGAUGCCAAGAAAGUCCUAACGCCUGCUGAGUAAAUGUCUAUACCGUGAAGUAGUGUCCCAAGUACACUUACCAAUCGUAGUUUGCAGCAAGAUAUUACUCCCUCCGAUCCAAAAUAAGUGUGGUUGUUUCAGUUCAAAGGGAGUAGGAAUUUUGGUCGGGUGAGAAAAUUAGGAGUUUUGGUUGCGAUUUUCCAAUGUACCUUGCCACUCCUUGUUGAAUGAGCAAGUCUGCAAGACAUACAAUGUUUCCAUGAGACUGAAGCUGCCGUGUUGGAAUUCAAAUCAACUAAUGAAAACUCAUGAACUCAAGCUAGGAUAUUUAUGAA